CGACGCCGUCUCUCGAGUACCUUAUGCUGGUCCAACAAGAACUGCCGUGGCCCGACAGCCUAGUUUGAGUUUGGCACUUCCCAAAUCCCAGUUCAUCCUAAAUCCCGAGUUCUUUCAAACCUCACUCAAACACAAAAACCACAGCCCAUCUUCUGCUCCUGCGUAUCAACAAUUUCAGAGUAGAGAUGGAGUUGUGGGUCAGGGGACACGUGGCACUGGGUUUGGCGCUGAUGGGUUUGCUGGUUUUGUGCCAAAUGGAAGGGUCAGAUGGGUUGAGGUUCGUGAUAGAUAGAGAGGAGUGCUUCUCUCAUGAUGCAAAGUACCAGGGCGACACCAUUCACGUCUCUUUUGUUGUCAUCAAAGUUGAUUCGUCUUGGCAUAACACUGAAGAUGGUGUUGAUCUUGUGAUAAAGGGGCCUUCUGGUGAACAAAUUAAUGACAUACGUGACAAGACAAGCGAGAAGUUUGAGUUUGUGGUUCAGAAGCAAGGUGUUCACCAGUUCUGCUUCACUAAUAAGUCUCCUUACCAUGAAACCAUUGACUUUGAUGUACAUGCUGCUCACUUUACUUACUAUGACCAGCAUGCUAAAGAUGAGCAUUUUGCACCCUUGCUGGAGCAGAUAGCGAAAUUGGAGGAAGCCCUUUUCAACAUCCAAUUUGAACAACAUUGGUUAGAGGCCGAGACUGACCGCCAGGCAAUAGUGAAUGAAGGAAUGAGCCGCAGAGCAACCCACAAGGCGUUAGUUGAAUCAGGAGCACUCAUUGGGGUUAGCAUCCUCCAAGUUGUUCUCUUGAAACGUUUGUUUGAACGCAAGCUUGGAUCAUCUAGGGUUUAGAUCAGUUGUCUACUUACCUUUGCCUAUUUACUGAUUGUAAUAUUAGAAAAUGGAAAAUAUUGAUAUUGAAAUAUCACAAAACGGAAUCUGUACCAUUCACAGGAGUUAAUGUUUUAAAGAUGGUCUUUUUGAUUACUGUCAGCCUAUUUGAGUUGAUUAUUGUCAUUGAUACUUGAA